CACUAGGUGAAAGUUCGCGGCUGCAGAAGCAGCUGGGAUUUUACCAGACUGUUCACUACGACGUAUCUGAGUGCGAACCAAAUCAAAUCUCUGUUUGAAAAACAAAAAACAUACGAUUCUUCUGACAGCAGUGGACUAAUGAAUCGACAUGGCUCUUCUCAGAGGUGUCUUUAUUGUGGCAGCCAAGCGUACUCCAUUUGGUACCUAUGGUGGGGUACUGAAGGACCACAGUGCCACAGACCUGGCUGAACAUGCAGCCAAAGCUGCUCUUGCUGCAGGAGGUGUCGCACCAGAGCUUAUAAACAGUGUCAUUGUAGGCAAUGUCAUGCAGAGCUCAGCUGAUGCACUGUACAUUGCACGACAUGUCGGUCUAAGAUGUGGCGUGCCUAUACCUGUACCUGCUCUCACUGUGAAUAGGCUGUGUGGUUCUGGGUUCCAGUCCAUCAUCAAUGGUGCUCAGGAGAUUUGCCUGAAGGAGUCAGAUAUUGUUUUGUGUGGUGGCUCAGAAAGUAUGAGCCAGGCCCCCCCUACACUGUGCGCAAUAUACGUUUUUGGUACAAAGUUUGGAGUCGACUGAAGGUUGGCGCUAGAAGACACUUUGUGGGGCAGGACUAUGACUGAUCUACAUGUCAAAAUACCGAUGGGUAUCACAGCAGAAAUGGCAGAGAAAUACAAGAUUACACGAGAAGACUGUGACAAUUAUGCAUACCAGACACAACAACGGUGGAAGGCAGCACACGAGGCUGGUUUACUUCACAGCAGAAAUUGCUCCCCAUGAUGUAAAAAACUAAGAAAGCAAGCUACCAUGAACCAGGAUGAACCCCCUCGUCCUCAGACAACACUGGAACAAAUGGCCCUCAAACUGCCAACCGUCUUCAAGAAGGAAGGGACAGUUACCGCUGCGAAUGCAUCGGGUGUGUCUGAUGGUGCAAGUGCAGUAGUGAUUGCAAGUGAAGAUGCACUGAAAGAGCACAAUCUCACUCCACUUGCCAGACUUGUUGCCUAUCAUGUGUCAGGCUGUGACCCAAGUAUUAUGGGAAUUGGCCCAGUUCCAGCAGUUACAGAAGUUAUGAAAAAAGCAGGCCUUUCUCUCCCUGACAUGGAUCUAGUGGAGGUGAAUGAAGCUUUUGCACCGCAGUAUCUGGCUGUUUCCAAGGCUCUUGGAUUGGAUCCAGAAAAGAGCAACGUUAACGGUGGUGCGAUCGCCAUUGGACACCCUCUUGCUGCAUCAGGAACACGCAUUACUAGUCACCUCGUUCAUGAGCUCAGACGGCGAGGGGGCAGAUAUGCUGUUGGCUCUGCCUGUAUUGGUGGUGGCCAGGGCAUUGCCAUCAUCCUUGAAAAGUGCUGAUUAAAGAAGAAGAUGCUGAUGUGUUCAAAAGAACCCCUGGAUUAGAACAUGAUGAACCUUGGCAUAUAGUCAAGAUUAGAAGAUUUGUCAAAAAUCAGACGGACAGCAGGGGUCUUAUCCCCAACCCAGCAGAAUAACAGUCCAUUGCCACAGUGAUACAUUAAUUAAAUGAAAAAGAUGUACCCCACACAAUUCAUACACUGAUGUAUAAAAUACAUACCUUAUGCCACAAAUGUUUCCAAGGCACCUUAGAGGAAACUUUUGAGGAAAUUACUAAAUUGUAGGUCUUCAAUAAGACCUGGCUAAUAGGUCACCCUCAACUGGAACAUCCAAAAACUUUCACUGAUUUGUUUUAUCAUAUUGCUUCCGAGUAUGGAAUGUGGUAUAUGAUCAAUAACUAGCUCUCAGAAUAGAAGGGCCGCUGUAACAUU